AUGGACAGACCUGUAGUCUUCGGCUACCUCGUUUGGCAUCCCGAAGCGGCAUUCAAGGCCUCUAAAGACGCCAGCGCGUUCACGCACGAGGUGUCUCGCACCGCGAUCCAAAGCCAGAGGGCAGCCCAUGCCUCCACAACGGAAUGCUACACUCAAAGUGGUCCCCCCUACAACGGGACACUGAACCGGACGGCUACUGGUGAACCCUGUCUCCCCUGGAGUGAGUUCACUCACCUCCGUCUGCGCAGCAUGUGGAAUGCCUCUGUGCUGCAAGAACACUCCAACUACUGUCGAAAUCCUGACGACGACCCUCGUGGCCCGUGGUGCAUGGUAACCAGGGCGAAAUUCGGCACCUGUGCUGUCCCACACUGCGAACAUUUGGUCGACUGUUAUGAAGGCGUGGGAGAGGACUACCUUGGUGAUGUCAGCGUUACUGAGAGUGGCCAGAUCUGUGCUCCUUGGGCUGACGUGAUUCGCUCGAGCAUCUUCAGUCCUGGGACUCCGCAUCUGGUAAUUGUCAACUAUACUUCGCCAACCAACCGCACUCCCUUGUCGAGUUUCGAGUCGUCUGUGGCUAACUUCAGAAGCUGCAGAAAUCCAGAGGGACGCAUGGCCAAACCCUGGUGUUAUGUGACCGCAUCGAACCCAGGCGGCAUCUUAUAUCACAGUAACGUAGGCUACAGGAAAGCACCUUGCAAAGUGGAUAUGUGUGACCAGUCGAGCCACAUGGGUCUGCCCCUCGACUUUGGCGACGAGUGUCCACCGGGCUUCAUGACUCAGGUCGGAAAGACCACCUCACCUCAUGGCGAAAUCUCCACGGUCUACUGCGUGCUCACAGCCAAAGGCCUUCGGAAAACGGAGAAGGGCAGGUUUAAGAGCUUCUGCAUGUUCCUUCUCAAUCAGAACCGAGAAACCUGCCCUAAAGGGUUCGAUAUGAAACGUACUUUCAUGCGCACCAAACUGAAGGCCAAGGGCAAGUUUAGCAUGUUUCGUCAGGAGGGUUUUACGUCGAUUUGGAUAUCCCUGUGCUGCACAAACGGAUCCCACGCGGAGCGUCGGAUGGAGUUCCCGCGGUCCAGUGUGGCCUACAAGUCGGCAAACUCGCGCUCCGCCGCAGGUCCGUGGCUCAGGAUGGAGAAUCACCGUGGCGCAGACCUUGCCGACGUAAUGAACGACGACCCCUCUGUUCCUGCCUCUAAAGAAACGCCCAUUUUCGUGUCCAUUGAGCGCUGUCCGCCUGUUAAUGGAACGCGGAGAAAGAUUUUCACCAUGGGGACUUACCACCCGUCAAAUCUAACAGCUACCCUACUGGACUAUGGAUAUUACACGUCGCUAUGUACUUACUACGAGGAACAGCGACCAAGCUCACAUUCUGAGCAGGCGUCGGAGACUUUGAUUCCCAGUAUUCUUGUCGAAGGGAAGACGUGUCCUCCACACUUCUCCCUCGCUCCGAGUUCAAAGGCGUACCACGUGUUCUACUACUUGAGGGCGGCCUUCAUUCUGUGCAAACCCGAUGGUAUUUACCGCCACGAUGCCAUCGACAAAAUGUUGCCCGAUGGAAACCAGUGUUUCAUCUCGCACACACCGGACGAAGUCAAGCGGGACGCCAAAAAGGCUGGAGGAGGCGUCAAGGGUGAAAGUGGAAAUGAAUCGGACGACGAUGAUGAUGGUUUAACGAGUAAUAAAAGAUAUGAAUGCCCAACAGGUUUUGACACCAGCGAAUUACGAUGGUCAGGUGGCAACGCCUCAGCGCAUGGCUACGAGUCAAUAAACAUCUUCUUCUGCUGUCGCCGUGGGGCAUCCUCGUCUACCAAGGAUAGCAGUAAAAAGCCAGCAUCGGAGAGCCACCAGAUCUUGUCCCCUCAAACCUACCCUCUGCCCUUCUACCUGCGAUCAGUCCCGACGUUUGCUGUCCUGAUACUUGGAGGCAGCUGCCCCGAUUAUUCUGACCAGGGUGCCAAACUCACUGCUGACUUUAGGCCGACGAUGCAAACAGAGUCCUACAUGACCUUGGAGCUCAUUGGACAAAACAAUCCGGUUGAUUUUGUCGAAUCAAUGAGCGGCGUUCGUGCGGUCCUGGCCCUGUGCAAGUACUCCCAGCCCAGAGAGGAAGUCGGUGUCCUCUCACCGCAGGGCUUCUGCCAUGGCGUGGGAGAACGGCGUGUGCCGACGGUUCACACACUGCAUGACUCGGGGACAACCUGCGCCGUCAACGUCACAAACGUGGUCUUUCCCUCGGGCUCCUACUGCUUCUACAGAACAGCAAAGGUUUGUCCCCCUGGUCUUCCAGAGCUCCAAACGAGUGUUUUUGAGGGUCUGGUUCGUUCCUUCCUUCUACAAACCAUGUUAGUACCUUCGCCAGCCUUAAACGACGAGAAGGAGCUCUGCUGCCAAUCGGAGGAGUCUCUUGGCGCCAUCGAAAUGCCGCUGAACAUUACUGCGUCAUUUGCACUUCCUGCUUUACAGGCCUCCUGCCAGAGCUUCAUCGGAUUCACUGUGGAUCAGAGCAAGGGAUUCUGCGAGUAUACACCGAUCACAGAGCAACCCGAGUCCAUUCUAGUUUGGCCUCGCCGCGUUUUUCCAAGCAACCUGCGGGGAAAAACUGAAAUAGUCUUGACGUGCAGCGACAACUGGGCUCUCAAUACAGUCUCAAGAGCUCGGAACUUCAUGAUGCGUCACCGCCGUCUUUGGUUAAUACCCACCCCUAUGCAGGAUUUCUCUUCCAACGACGCAAUGGAACUCUGUUACAACGAAGUUCGUGGCACCGAAGUGCCAACGAGGACGGAAAACGGCUUCCUCGACUACUGCGUGGUGGCCUUUGCUGUUUGUCCAAAUGAGGAUUUCGAAACAGUUUCCGCCUUCCCAUAUCAGCAAUACGUAGUCUGUUGCGUCAAGCAACCACCCGAGGCUCAAAAUACCCCCACAACGUUCCAAACAGUCUCGACUUGGCCGGAGCAGGUUCGAGCCAUCGUGACCCUCGGUCGCAAACGGCCUGGGGAUGAGGAAAAAGUGAAGGAUCUGGCCGGGCCCACGGAACUCCACAGGGAUCUCAGGCAGCCUGAGACGGAUCAUGGAUGUCCAGAGUUUGAACAGUACUCAGUCAUCCGCCGUUUUGUCAAAAUGUGGCGGCCAAAACGAUACAAGACACUAUUUUCGCGACCCUCCAUUCAUCAAUUGUUGAAUGUCACCAAGGCAGCUGGUGAUGAUAAAGAAGCUUUCGCUAAGAGAACAGGAAUGUGGCUUCAAGAUGGGCUGCUCCAUGCCAUUUUCUGUGAAUAUCAGACCAACCGACCUGCGGAAGCUAAUACUGACAUCACCUGGCCGGUGGACAAUUAUGCCAUUCCGCAACCAGUGACCGGAUGUCCACCAGCGUUCACAUCGACAGACUUCAUUCACCUACAUGGUCGCAAUGGCUUCCACUAUUCACAAGUUUGCUUUAUCGAACUCACUCGAGUCACUGAAGCUGGAACUGAGCGACAGACUCCUGGCGACGUUUUUGACAAGCCCAUACAUUUGGCAGGCGAUUUUAUUGCCCAUUCGAGGGCUGUGAAACUGCGCUAUUGCCACCAGGAAUUUGAUCCUUCCCCAUCCCACUGGAACAAAAAGCACGCGAGCUCCCUCCCGCCUGGUCACUACUGCGUUCUCCUCGUUGGCAGAAGGUGCCCAGCAGGCUUUACGGCUGGAAGCCUUUCAGUGUUCGAGGGUCUUCUGACACCCAACGAGACUCACAAGGAGGGCGGAAUCGAUAUAUCAGACCUACCCACUGGAACGGAGUCUUCUGCGCACAACGCCCCUCGCAUUUUCCGGGAUAAGGUGGAGAAGGGGGACACGGGGCUGACGUUCGACCGGGUCACGUACAUGUUUUGCUGUCGUGCAGACUCACCCUCUGCGUCCAUCCCGAUCACUGGGUUUCCAAACGACACCGGGCCCUUCUACCUCUUCAGGGCUGGAGAGACGUGUCAGGAGAUAGCGGGCCUGCGAGCCACCGAGGAGUACAUCUGCAUGGACGCCCCCGAAUUCCUAGUGGGCACGGUUCAAAUGACCCAAAUGGAAGUUGUUGACAAGACUUACCACAUUGAAGGAUUCACUCCAACUCUCUCAAUGUCAACGGACCAUUGCAACGUGAAAAUCAAUCUCUGCUACUACGAAUCCGAGGAAAAGAACAACGGCUCCGCGUGGCCUCUUGGGUCCUACUCCCUCCUCACCACCAUCCGCGAGGAUGGGACACUGGCAUGCCCGCCUGGUUUCUCCCUCGCCAUUCGCUACAACAUCAGACCCGAUGUAAUUGCCAACACGUUUUUCCGUCCAAUGUCGUUCUCGGAAUACUUUACGCAAAAACCCACUGCCACGGACGACAUGCUCGCCAGUAACGGCACCAUAAUGCCAACGCUGCACACAUGUGAGAGGAACGCCAGCGACGUGCCCGAGGCCUACAAUCUCACCGCGUUCCCCGACUGGCCGCCGGGCAACUACUGUGUCCUCAUGGACUUGCACACACGGAGCUGUCCACAGGGACUUCAUCGAUUCACACGCCAAUUGGCCGAGUUGUGCUGUCACACCGGAAGCAGCGGCCCGUUGGCGCCCGUAAAACUGCCCUUCAUUGGCGAUUUCUUCCUCAUGGGCGCCUUCGACGAACCCGACCUCACCUGUCUUCCCAUUGAGAACACUCACGUUGAAAAGUACGUGGUGCUCCUCUUUUCUGCCGUGGACCCGCACAUCCACAGCUUGUGCCACUACCUGCCUCUCGAGUGGCUGCAGACCUCUCGCACGUGGCCGCGUGGGGACUACCUUCUGCCAAUCGGCAAACGCGGGCAGCAAAUCCCCUCAAUCAGCAACGACGUCGAGCACGCCACCGAACUCACCAAGUUCUCCUGUCCCACUGGCUUCCACCGGCUGCUACACGAGUAUGAGAUCUACGACGAGGAAUUCGAGGGCUCCACCGGCGAAGUCCCCAGCGAUGCGAGCGCCUCUCAGGUGAUGCUGCAUUUUUGCCAGCGCGACAAGGAGGACCCGGAGGGCGCGAAAAAUGUGCCUUGGCCCAAAGGCGACUACUGUGUGAUUGUGAACGGCGCUAUUUGUCCACCGGAAAUGCGUGCUUCAAAUGAGUUGGUGAUGCGAAUUCCGCGAAGCUACUUGCGAGCAAUCCACAAUGCAACUGAUUAUGGAGAGAUAAAAGAAGGUCAAUCCAUCACGAUGCCAGUGGGUUCUCGCCAAGUCACAUACUAUUCGGUCUGCUGUCGGGAGGACAAGCAGUUAUUGGUGGAUUUGCCUACCUUUUCGGGUGGGAUGUAUAUGCCUGCGGGAUCAAGCCUUUGUUCAAGCAUUCCAGGAACUUUCAUUGAACACGAACAGGUGACGACUUUCCUUGACCCCACCUUGUUGGACCCUUACAUGAAUGACAACGAAGACGCGCAGGAUAUGGGAAUCAAGCAGCAGGGGUGGAUGCCGCCGCCGUUCGAGGAGCCAGGGGUUAUGACUCUUUGCUACUACCACCAGAUGCAGAAAAUUACCAAGGACGGGAAGAGUGAAGACGGAAACAUGCUGCAUGAACUUCUCGAGCCUGGUAGCACGGCUCUGUCCUUGUGGUUAGCAGGCGAAUGCGGUUGCGCAGAGAAUGCUUAUUGUCGACCGUUCAAGCGUUUCUCGUGUAAGUGUAAAAAGGGCCACUUCGGGGACGGUGUGCGCGUUUGCCGUCCUGUUACUCCCCUCACAGACCCCUGUGCGAACCUCUGCCACAAGGAUGCUGAGUGCAAGACUCGUAGAAAGCACUCAUUCAUCAGCAGAACCAAGGAGGAAACAGCUUGUGUUUGCAAGCCAGGCUUCGUUGGUGAUGGAUUCAACUGCCUGCCGCAGUGCAGCGCUCACAAAUGCCAACCCUUUAGUCAGUGCAAGAUCCGAAAAGGCGGGCUGACGUGGGACUUCGACAACUACUUUACUGCCUGUAAGGUGGAUCUAAAACGGCAAAUAUCUGGUUUAGUUCCAACAUGUGUUUGCGUUCCCGGCACCAUUGAGGAUGGCGAGGAGUGCCACUUUGAUAUCUAUUCGAGCUUCCAAAAAGAAAAGAUUCUCCCGCAGUACAUGCUGCAGCAUCUCAGUUGCUUCGAUGACGAGGUGUUCAAGGCACUAAUAUUACAAAAACCGAAGCGAAUUUUCAUCAUCUUCUCCCCACCAAAGCUUUUAAAAACCUGUGAUGAAAUCGCUUCGCACAUUGCCAUGCUGCCGGAUGAAGCGGAAUACCAAAGGUUCAUCACCUCCCAAAGCUACAACCUUAUCAGUCUCAAUGGCAGUCUCAUAGUCAUAAACAAUACGGGUGCGUUGACUGCGAACGGUGACGCGAUUCAAAACAAACCGAAGCUGUUUACAAACGGUCGACUCUACUAUACAUCAGCCCCACUCGCGCACAUCCCAGCUCCUGAUCGAUCGUCAACAAUUAUGUCCGCCUCCAUAAUCGUUCCGUGCCUAAUCGUACUUUUCUUGCUGGUUGUUGUGGUGUUUAUCCUCAAGCGCCGGAGGCCUCAGUUAAAGAUUUUUAACCUUCGACGACCGCGCUUCCAAAGGAUUGGUGUAGGACAUCAGGCAAGCUGGCGCGGAUCCGAUGGCGUUUUGAUCGCGUCAGAGGACAACGAGGAAUAA